AUGCUCCUGGGGUUCCGGAGAGGCGGCAAGAGGCAGUUUAAACACAUCAUCCAUGGCCUUCUCCCUGCAGCCAGCAUCGCACCGAAGCCAGCUGUGCCCCGCACACCUCCUCCACGUGGCCCCAGCCCCUCUCCAGAGAGACCAAGAUCUGCUCUGGCUGCAGCCAUUCUAGCAACAACAUUGACUGGCCGGACUUUUGCCAUUCCUCAGCCUCGCCGGAGAUCCCACUCUGAGAGUGAAAAGGACAGUUUCAUCGAGCCCUAUGCCACCACCUUGGAGCUGAGGCAUCAACCACAUAGGCAGAAUGAGACGGCAAGAAGAUCCUCUUUGCCAUCCUUUGAAAUGCUGGGCUACGAGGGGGAAGAGGAUUCUGACACGUACCUGUCAUGCAGCCACAGGGAGUCGGGGGACGCAAGUGCUCGCAAAGAAGAGGGAAGCCUCAGCGACGCCGUGUAUGCCGUGCCACACAGAAAUCAGGUUCCAUCGUCACAUGGGGUGGAAAGUGGAGAUGAGGAAAAUAUUUCUGAACAAGAUGGAUUUCCAGGCUCACCUGUUCCACCAGAGCAUACACAAGAAAAAGAUGGUAAACAUUCUAUUCUGAAUUUAAAGGAUGAAAAACCAUCAUUGUGUGGAAAACCUCCACCCUCUCCAGAUGUAAAUAGUAGAACACAUCGAAGACAUAUAGAAAUAACCAAAGAAAAGUUGGAGGAAUUAAAAGAAGAAAAUUUGCAUCUAAACAAUGCAAAUCAAACCCUUACUCUUGAACUUAACAUAAUAAAAAAAACAAUGACAGAACUACAGUUAAAACUUAAAAGGAUGGAAAAAGAAAAUGGAAAGCUGAAAGAAGUUGAGAAAGCAUCCUCUCAGGAAGUAGUCGCUGCACCUGAAUUACAUUAUCUAAGAAAACAAGCUCAAGAACUGGUGGAUGAAAAUGAUGGAUUGAAAAUGACUGUUCAUUGUUUGAAUGUAGAACUGAGUAGAUAUCAAACAAAAUUCAGGCAUUUAUCCAAGGAAGAGAGUGUAAAUAUUGAAGGCCUCCCAUCAAAGGGCCCUAUACCGCCCUGGCUGGUGGAUACAAAGUACCUGUCCCCCUUGUUGCUGGCCUAUGAAGACAGAAUGAAAGAGAAGGACGAGCUCAAUGCCAGCCUUCAGGAGGAAAUGAGAACGUUUAAGAUGAGAGUCCAAGAAGUGGUGAAAGAAAAUGAAGAACUGCACCAAGAGCUGAAUAAGAAUAGUCUUGUCACCAGUGAGGAAUGGCGUCAGCUUCAGACUCAAGCAGAACUGGUUUUAGAGGAAAACAAGUUGUUGAUAGAGCAAUUGGAGAUUCAGCAAACAAAAGCCAAGGACACGCACCAGGAGCGUCUCCAGGAAGUUUCUAAACUGACUAAACAGCUAAUGCUUCUGGAGACUAAAACACAGAGCCAAGAAAAGGAGCUAACUAAAAGUAAGGAGCAAUUGGAAAUUUUGCGGACGGAAUGCCAGGAACUAAAAAUACAGUUGGACAGCAAAGUUGCAGUAGAAGUGCACACUUCAAUUGUAAAUGAAUUAAAAAGCCAGUUGCAGAAGGAAGAAGAGAAAGAAAACGCUGAGAUGGAAGAGUUGAUGGAAAAGUUGGCAGCCCUGCAAGUGCAGAAAAAGAGCCUGCUAUUAGAGAAGAAAAAUCUGACGGCUAAAAACAAGGCGCUGGAAGCUGAACUCGAAAAGGCACAGAAAAUAAAUAGGAGAUCUCAAAAGAAAAUUGACGUCUUCAAAAAGCAGGUGGAAAAAGCCAUGGAGAACGAAAUGUCUGCUCACCAGUACCUGGCAAAUCUUGUUGUCCUGGCAGAGAAUAUAACCCAGGAACGUGACAAUCUUAUGUAUUUGGCUAAAUGUUUAGAAAGUGAGAAGCAUGGAGUUCUCAACAAAAUCAUAGAAGGCAAUAUUCGCUUGGGAAGGUUGGAGGAAAAAGUCAAGGGGUACAGGAAGCAGGCGGCCCUGAAGCUGGGUGACAUCAGUCACCGUCUGACAGAGCAGCAGGAAGACUUUGCUAGCAAGACAGCUCAGUACCAGCAGGAGAUGAGGCACCUCCAUCGGAUGCUGCAGGACAAGCAGAAUGUCCUGGACCAGGCGCUGCAGCAGAAAAGAGAAAUGGAAGGUGAGCUUGAGGUUGUUUGGGAGUCCACCUCCAAGGAAAACCGAAGGAUCCGAGAACUUCUCCAGGCCACGCUGGAGAGGACAGGCCCGUGGGACAACACCAGAGCUUUCGCGGACCACUGCCUGGACGGCGUCUCUCAGGGAGACAUGCAGGAUGGCUGCCGCUUCAGCUUCUGUGACCUGAAGCCGCCUCCCACCUCCCACCAGGGUCUGCGGGAGCCCCUGGGCUAG